CUAGAGGGUUUUAAGACUUAGAAACAAAACUUCAAUCUAUUCCAUGGCCACAGGCAAUCACUCAGCAGUAUCUGAGUUUCUCCUCUCAGGACUCACCGAUAACCCAGACCUUCAAACCAUUCUUUUCAGUAUAUUCCUGGUAGUCUAUGUAGUUAGCCUGGGUAGUCUUGGUUUGAUUAUGCUAAUCCAAGCCAGUCCUCAGCUUUACAUACCCAUGUAUUUUUUUCUCAGCCACCUGGCUUUUCUGGCUUUUGUUGAUUUUUCUUUUACUUCUUCUGUCACCCCCAACACCUUGGUGAAUUUUCUGCGUGAAGUUAAAAGUAUACCAUGUUAUGCAUGUGCGAUUCAGGUGUGCUGCUUCAUCACAUUUGUAGUUUGUGAACAGUAUCUGCUCUCAAUCAUGGCCUACGAUCUGUAUGUUGCCAUCUGCAACCCCUUGCUCUAUGUCAUCCUCAUGCCUUGAAGACUCUGUAAUCAAAUCAUUGCUAGCACAUAUAUUUAUGGGUUCACUGUGGCUCUUGUACAGACAGUGGCAACAUUCCACUUGUCCUUUUGUGACUCCAACAUGGUCAACCACUUCUACUGUGAUGAUAUUCCCUUGGUUGCUCUGGCUUGUUCUGAUACCCAAGUCAAAGAGCUGCUGCUGUUAAUCACUGAAGGGAUCAGUACCCUUUGCUCUCUUCUGAUUGUGGUCAUUUCUUAUGCCUUCAUCCUCUUUGUUGUCCUGAGGAUCCAUUCUGCUGAAGGAAGACAGAAAGCUUUCUCUACCUGUGCUUCCCAUCUGACUUCCGACACAGUAUUUUAUGGGACAAUCAUUUUCAUGUACCUACUGCCCAAGUCAAGCCAUUCUCUGAACACAGAUAAAUUUGCUUCUGUGUUUUAUGUGGUAGUGAUUCCCAUGUUAAACCCAUUCAUCUAUAGCUUGAAAAACCAGGAGGUAAAAAACUCACUGGAAAGAAUGAAAGAAAACUUGAGCUUAGCUAUUAAAUAA